AGCCAGGCUCUGAGCAGCCUUCUCCAGUGCAAGCUAUCCCUCUGUGCCCAAGGCAAGGGGGUCAGAGCUACAUGAUCUCCAAGGUCCCUUCCACCCCAAACCACUCCAUGGCUCACUGAUUCCAUGUUACCCCUCCCCCAGUGGGCCCCGUUCCACAGCCCCCACGGUGCCCAGAACAUGGAACCCAGCCCUCUGUGACAUCAGCCCCGGGGCCGAGGGCACCACGGGCAGCGCAGCUGCUGCGGGCAUUGCGGCUGUGGCUGUGCUGCUGCACGGAGCCCUCAGUGCUUGCAGCUGACACGCGCCUCUGGCAGCCAUGAAUGGGCUCGGCCUCCUCGUCCUGCUCACCGUGCCUGGGCUGGCACACGGCUUAUGGGACAACUGUGGAGGGAGCUGCGGGCUCCGAGCUCCAAUACCUGCCUACGCCCCCAUGACUUAUUCCUAUGGCAACGUGGCUUAUGACUACGGCUCGACACGCAUCGUGGGCGGCACAGGUGCCAAGCCAGGGUCCUGGCCAUGGAUCGUCAGCCUGCAGCACCCCUGGGCACCACACUUGGGGCAUUUCUGUGGAGGGUCCCUCAUCAGCACACAGUGGGUCCUCACAGCAGCUCACUGCUUCGACGACUAUAAUAACAUCACCAGGAUGUAUGUGGUGAUUGGAGCCACCCAGUUCACUCAGCCAGGCCCUGCGGCCGUAGUUCGCAGUGUCAGGCAGGUGCUGAGACAUCCAUACUACAAUCCUGGCAACAUGAAAUAUGAUAUUGCCAUUCUGGAAUUGGAUCAUCCCGUCCAGUGCAACCCCUACAUCCAGCUGGCCUGUGUGGCUCACCCCACCCUAAAAAUCUCAGAUCUCAACAACUGCUGGAUUGCUGGAUGGGGUGAAGUUACUGCAAAAUCUGCAGAGGAAGGUGAUCUCCUCCAGGAAGCCAAGGUCCAGCUAAUCGAUGCCCAGCUCUGCAACACCAGUGACUGGUAUGCAGGGAAAGUCCACAUCCACAACUUGUGUGCUGGUUAUCCACAGGGCAAAAUCGACUCCUGCCAGGGUGACAGCGGUGGUCCUCUCAUGUGCCAGGACAAGAAUGCUGACUACUGGUGGGUUGUUGGAGUGACCAGCUGGGGAAGAGGCUGUGCCAGGGCAAAGAAGCCUGGCGUCUACACCUCUACUCAGUACUUCUAUGACUGGAUUGAUCUCAACAUGCAUGAAGGCCCAGUUGAAAAUGCUUCUUGAGCACCCGGUCCGGCAGGAUCCAGGGCAAGCUGCAGUGCACAGCAACCAUUUCCUGCUGAUCCAAAAGCAGCCCCGCUGUCAAAAGCCUGCUCUGUCUUGCCCACACUCCUCUCCAGUGUGCAGUCAAACACUGGAGUUGACUAAGUUGUUAAAAUAAAAUUACCUAUGCUCAAAGUGAAUC